UAGUUUCUCGAAACGGGCUUCGAUACUUGCCGUUUUCCAUCGAAGCUUCACCAGCACCUGCAGCAGCAACGGCAGCAUAAAAUGACAACAUAAACAAAGUGAUUCGCUUGGGUGGAGGCGGGAAACAUUGUUGUUAUUUCGGCCCGCUAAUAAACCGCUUGCUUGCUGGUUUUUGGGGAAAACGAAAAGCAGAAAAACCAUGAGCAAAUUACGCUCAUGCUGUGUGCCGUGCUGUAACGAAGAAAAGUUUUCCCUCGUCCACAAGUUCCCGUCGGACAAUGAGCGGGCGGAACAGUGGCGCCGGGUGCUGGCCAUCGAUGGCUUUGUCGGUCUGUCGAUCGACGUCAUCCGGAAGCGGUUCUUCAUCUGCACGCGCCACUUCCGCGAUUCCGACUACAAAAACGAAGCGUCCCGCAGCCUCAACAUUACGGCGGUGCCGUCCAUUAAUCUGGUCACGCUGAACGAUCCGGAAGGUUUGAACCGUGAUCCACCGCCGCUGAACCGGCCCGGAACGAUGCUCCCCGUUGGGCAGGGAUUGGCGGAGCCGAAAGGGGGACAGGAUAGCGGUCGGCAGGAGCAGAUGGCCAAUACGUCCACCGUGAGCCCGGGGUUGACCGCUUACGUUGAAGAAUCCUGCCCCGAAGUGUCCCAGUUCGCGACGACGUACGGGGGUGACAUAGAGUUCAUCAACGUUCCGUCGAGCGAUGAAUUCCGAAAGCCUUCCCAAGGAUCGGCCUCUACUGUUUCGUUGAAACGAGCCUUCCCCAAACCAAUUCCCAGUCCGGGUACCCUCAAUACCAUCAGCCUCAUUGAGCCGAGAGUGAAAGUACCCCCGACGCGGGCGAACAACGUGCUGCGGCGAACGAUCGUUACGAAACCGGCUUACAGUAAUAUCGUCCCCCUGGGUGUACCCCCAGAGGGAGCCCCGCUGGUGCUGAGACGGAUCAAGGGGCCAGUGCCGAUGGUGGAGCGUAAAAAAUGUACCAGCACGAUGACGCAAACGGAUGAUACGGCGGUGGAGGAACCUGCUGAUAAGCCACCGGGUCAGACGGUGGGCGAGCAGGACGAUAAGGAUGUGAAGGCAAACCAGCCCGCCACGAAGGUGCUGGCCCUGCUCGAGUGUACGCCGGAGAAUUUGCAACGGUUACAGCGCAAGCUGGAGGCGGAAGGUGGCGCGUUGUGCCUUGACGAGCGCUUGCUACGACUGGAUGACGACGACGAAGCGGAGCGCGAUAAAGCGAUGCAGUCGAACAAGCAGGACGGAACGGCGGACCCGACCCGUUUCCUGACCGUGUGGACCGACCCGAAGGAGGGCGAGUCUAUUUCGGUUAGCUACGUUUGGUUGCGCGAUCACUGCCAGUGCGAGGAGUGCUACAAUGUGGCCACAUUCCAACGGUCCACCUCGAUCCUCGAUUUGCCGCUCGACAUACAGCCGGCGUUGUGUAAUGUGACCGAUAGUAAAAUCGAAAUCGUCUGGCAGGAUGGCCAUCUAUCGUCGUACCAACUGCGCCAGGUGGUGGACAAUCACGUGGACAACUACCGCAAACGGUUGGAAGAGCGGCGCGCCCAGCUCGUCCUGUGGGAUCGCGCACUGAUCGCCGCAGCGGAUCACCCGCCCAGCUACGCCCGCGUCACGCUAAACGAUCUGCUGUGCGAGGACAGCGUGAUGCGGCAGGUUGUGGGCAGCUUGAUCACGUACGGCUUUGCCUUCAUCACCAAAGUGCCACCGAACCAGCAAAGCACGGAGAUGGCGGUGAAGCGCAUCUUUCCCGUGCAGCGCACCCUGUUCGGUGACAUGUGGACGUUCAGCGAGAGCAAGAUGGACCACAGCGACACGGCGUACACGAACGGCUUCCUGGGGCCGCACACGGACAACACGUACUUUAGCGAUGCGGCCGGGCUGCAGGUGCUACACUGCAUCCAGUUUAACGGGCGCGGCGGCGAGACGCUGCUCGUCGAUGGGUACGCGGCGGCGGAACGGUUGCGCGAAAGCAAUCCCGCCGCGUACGACCGGCUGUGCGAGUAUCCGCUCGAGGCGGAGUACAUUGAGGAGGAUAAGCACCAUCGAUACGUGGCGCCAGUUAUAAAGCGCCAUCGUGUGCUGACCGGGGCGGUCGAGCAGAUACGCUUUAACCCGUACGAUCGGGCACCGAUGCGCACGCUGGCGGCGGCAGAGGUGCCCCAGUUCUAUGCCGACUAUCGCAAGCUGGCGGAGGAGCUGUACCGCGAGGAGGUGCAGUGGAAGUUUCAGCUCACGCCCGGCACGGUGCUAAUCUUUGACAAUUGGCGCGUGCUGCACGGCCGGAUGGCGUACAGUGGGAAGCGGGUGAUGACCGGAUGCUAUGUGGCGAGGACGGAAUAUCAGAGCGUGGCGCGCACGAUGGGGCUGAUCGAGUGAGCUGUUUGGCAGCAUAAUUGGAAAGGGGUUUUUUCAUCAUUGUGGAUUUGCGUUAUGAAUGCAAUGAACCAGAAAUGCAAUAGAAAUCGUUCUAUGUCGGUUCGGUUCGGCGAAAACGCAGAGUUAGGGCAAGACGCCUAUGCCAAACUGUGGCAGACGUUGCUCUUUACGUUCUGCUUCAAACGCGUCAGUAUAGUCUCAAACGUCAACUCACAGCGUUUGCAAAACCCGAUUAAAAUUGCACUGGAUGCGCCUUUCCUAUUCGAAACAGCUGAACAACAUACAGUGACGGCACGCUGAUGUUGGACACCAAAUUUUUCGUACGCAUUACCCCAGACAUGUGCUAGCUUUGGAGCUUCCUGGACGGUUACUUAAACUUCGUAUCGGAAUACCUCCUUCGAUAAGGUUAGUGUUUCAC